GCCGCCCCGGCCCGGCCCACCCUGCGCACGUGCGGCGCGGCCGAGCCGGUUCCCGCGCGCGCCCCGCGGGCCAUGGCCGGGUUCGAGCCGGGCUCCCUGCCCGACCUGCUCCCGCUCUACUACCGCCGCCUCUUCCCCUACGGGCCCUACGGGCGCUGGCUCAGCUACGGCGGGGUGGUGAAGAAUUACUUCCAGCGGCGGGAGUUCUCCUUCACGCUGCGCGAUGACAUCUACGUCCGGUACCAGUCCUUCAACAGCCCCCAGGAGCUGGAGAAAGAGAUGCAGAAAAUGAACCCCUACAAGAUCGACGUGGGAGCCGUGUAUUCGCAUCGACCCAGCCAGCGCAACACCGUGCACAUGGGCGCCUUCCAGGCUCAGGAGAAGGAGCUGGUGUUCGACAUAGACAUGACGGAUUACGACGACGUCCGGAGAUGCUGCAGCUCCGCCGAGAUCUGCUCCAAGUGUUGGACCCUUAUGACCAUCGCGAUCCGUGUCAUCGACCGCGCGCUCGUGGAGGAUUUCGGGGUGAAGCACCGCCUGUGGGUGUAUUCGGGCCGGCGAGGCGUCCACUGCUGGGUGUGUGAUGACUCCGUCCGGAAGUGGUCGUGCGCCAUGCGCACCGCGGCGGUGGAGUAUCUCACCCUCGUGAAGGGCGGGUCCGAAACCGUGAAGAAGGUGAACCUGACCGACCCCAUUCACCCGUUCAUCAGCCACUCGCUGAGUCUGGUGGAGCCGUACUUCGAAGACUACGCCCUGGUGGGCCAGGAUAUCCUGGGCAGCAGCGAGAGCUGGGAGAAGGUGGUUGCCCUCGUCCCAGAAUCGGUUCGAGAGAGCCUGCUGCGGGAAUUCCCCAAAAAGCAUGAUUCAGUCCAGCGCUGGGAGCUCCUGAAAAAGAAGAUGGAGAAAUGCAAGCCCUCCCACGCGGAGUCGGAGAUCAUGCUGCAAUACUGCUUCCCCCGGUUGGAUAUCAACGUCAGCAGGGGAGUCAACCACUUACUGAAGAGCCCGUUCAGCGUCCACCCCAAAACAGGUCGUGUUUCGGUCCCGAUCGAUUUGCGGAAGCUGGAUCAGUUUGACCCGUUGGCCGUUCCAACCAUAAGCUGCCUCUGUCNUGAACUGGACACGGCUCACGAGGAGGAGGAUGGAGAGAAGGAAAACGAGACGGAGCCGGAACCCAAGCGCCGCACCAGGGACUACAGGAAAACCAGCUUGGCUCCAUAUGUGAGAGUCUUCGAACAGUUUGUGGAGGAAAUGGACAAGUCUCGCAAAGGGGAGCUUCUCAAGAAGAGCGACUUACAAGGAGAUUUCUGAGGACUCUGGUGUCUCCAGUGGGGAAAUCUACAUCUGGUAUGUCCAACCAGCCGUUACAAGAGCUCUGAGCGGGAUAGCGGACUGCUCUAGUUACCUUAUUCUUCUUGGCAUUAAAGGCUUUACUCAGCAGACUUCGAAGAAAAGGAAACCCAGCUGGUCUUGCCUACUGGAGAGAGAGGAUUUGGAUGUUCAUUUUGCAGGGGCCAGCGUGAGCCUGGGCUUGGAGCGUGCGCUGGGAGGGGACUACGCUGUGGAUUGUUGGCAAGAAAUGAGAACUGCUUCCUUUUGCGUGAGGCGACGGGGCAUGGGCUGAUGUCAGUUCCUCCCCUCGUCUGCAAACAGCAGGCGGCUUAACCCACCCGCCCCGUUUGCCGGCACGAGGGCAAGGCGGAAUUUUACCUACCUGACCAAGAGCCAUUGGUAAAGUGGGAAUUUGGAGAGAGGGGAUCCCAGCUGGCUGAUUCGAGAGCAAGGGAGGUAUUCUCAUCGGCUGAUGGAUUCCGAGGGUGCAGAGGUCUGGAAUCGGCACCUGGCUGAUGCCUGCAAAAAUGACCCACGGGUUUUCUUUCUAUCAGGAUAACUCUGCUGCUCUGGGGCAAACCAUUAUUAAUGGAAGAAGCUGCCUGACAGCCCCAGAUGCAUGAGAUUGGACCGUUGUAUUUGUCAUUUCUAAGCAAUGGUUCCCCGGGCCCAGCUCUUCCAGAUUUCGACCUCCACUGACUUAUUCCAGACAUCCGAGGCUACUCCAGUUGUCCCUCCUCUUGCUUAACGUUCCCUUCUGGCUGCAGCCUGUGUAGUCCUCUCCCUGCUGCAGGGUUUAAUUCGCAAGCUCUCGAGUGACUCCAGGCAGCUGGGUCUGAUGGCCCAGUAGGAGGCGCUCUGUGUAUCCUUCUUUUGUACUUUUUUAUGCAAAAAGAAAACGAUUAAAGGGUUCCGUUAAA